UUUAGCGGACCGUUUUCUGGUCACGGGUUCUGAACUGUGUGGUUCCUCUGUGGACUUAUAUCUCUGUGGUGGCAAAGUGUGUGGUAAUUUUCCCGUUGUGUUUGGACCGUGCAUUCCGUGAAAGAUGAUACGCACUGGUCUACGGUUGGUUCCGGUGUGAAUUGUCGGGCCUGCUGGGAAGUUCAACCGUAGCACGUACAACCAAAGUGCGAAACUGCGGGCGGAAGGGAGAAACGGAACCUGCCUGCCCUGUCCCGAGAGUUUUCUUGGUGAGGUGUGAAAAAGUAAUUGAAAAUUAAAGAGGGCCUCGGCCGACAGGCCGACCGAACGACCGAAAGGACCUAGCCUCCUCCUGCCUUGAAGGUGCGAAACGAAGAAGGUUGUGUUCGCUCGGGCGAACUGGAGUGUGUGAAUUUCUCGUCUUAUUUUUUGCUUGCUUGCUUGCGGGUGUCUCAAGAAAGAAGGGCUCUCACUCGAAAGAAAAUUAUUUUGAUUGAAGGUGAGUUCAAGUGGAAAAGCUUUGGCCUUUCGCGGGGCGUUUAGGCGUCGGUACAUGGGAAGUGUGCACAGAGAAAGUGAACGACAUGUGUUUGUGUUGAGAGCGUUGAGGCAGCAUUCGGCGGAAAAAAGGCUUAUAAAAUUGCCGAAAGUGGUGAAACACAACUAGGUUACGUAAAUACAUAAGCAGAGCAAUUUACAUUCGUCCGUGCGGGGAAGUCUGGGGUGGUGGAAAUUGUGAAAAUCCCCUGGUCGAAUCGAGCGAAAACAACGACCGUGCAUGAGAAAAGGCAAGGGAGAGAAACGGAAAAUAAUAUUACAAUUAGGAUUAAGUGAUUAGGUAAAGUGCUUUCACUCCCUUCGGGUGAAGAGGCUUGUCGUUCGGCGGUGCGAUUCAAAACAAACACCCCCGCCGGAGGGUGAAAGAGGCUCAAUUUCGAGUUUUCCAUGUGGCAAACUCCCACUGAAGGAGUGUGUUAUUUGCAUUUGACCGUUUCGAGUGCGCCGGAAAAUCUAUUACAUGUUUACAGUUUCAGUCCUACCAACCCCACUUGGUAGUUUUCGGCGCCAAGUGCUCUAUUUUGUGCUCACCAGUCGUGCAAGAUUUAUACAAAGCAGAAAAUAAACUUCUGAAAAGUUAACGAACGGACACGCUGGCAAACGGUAAUCGAAAAAAUAACAAGAUUCGAAAGCGGCAAAAGUCCAGCUUUAAUCUUCUUUCGGGGCGCAGAUAGGAGAACGUGCUGAAAAGAAGGAAAUCUUCUUGGAACGCAACAAAAGAAGUGCUCUGGAUUGUUGGUUGUCUGUGUCUGUGUGAGGGAAAAAAGCUAACGCCAAGAACGGACCACAGUGUGGCACAGUAGGCACAGGCGCCCACAUCAGCUUGGAGUAGCAGAUUCCUGGGAAACCGUCGACUCGCAGAUUCGGCCCAGUUGAAAGGUCAUCAUCCGGAAGAGUCCGUCCGUUCGUUCGUUGAGCCGUGUGUUAGGAUUCAAAUUCGUGGUCCAUCAUAUCCACCCCCACCGUCGUCAGUCAAGUGAUGCGCCCUGCGAUGUGUCGGCGCGCGGGUACCAUUAUGUGAAAGUUGCAUCACCGAGCCACGCAACCACACACCGUCCGGGCUAGAAGCCUCUACUAUGCUCAUCACCAUCGCUUGCACUAGUGGCAUCAGCAGGAGCAGCACCAGCAGCAGCAGUGGUGAAAAUAAUGAUGAAAAAUUUAUGGAAAAAGUGUUGCAAACGGAAAGUGUCGAGCGGUGCUUAUGAAUAAUUUCGGUUGUUCGCCUGCCGGAGAGAUUCGUUCGUUCGUAGUCGACGCGUGGUUUUUCGACUUUUGACGUGGCGGCUCCAAAGUCGGGGAUUGGAAUUAGUUUGAGAAGGGGGGAAGAAGAAACAGCAAAAAGGAAAAGUUGAAACGCGUGCGCGUUUUUGUGCGAGUGUAUGUGCGCUAGGGAAUGGUUCAUACCACGAGUGAGGUUGGAAGAAAAAACGAGUUAUAAUUUCAUCGGUACUGUUUUUUUUUCUGUGAUUGCUUUUUGGAUUGGAAAAACCGUAACCGUGAAUGUACAGAAUUGAACCUCCGGAAAAUCGAGCGACACCCGUAUGCCGCAUAUUGGACUGCAGAAUAAUGAAGAUUUGAACAGAUUGCUGUUUGUUUCCAUUUUCUACAGCAACAAACAAAAACAACAACACCAGCAAUAGCAAAAAACAUCGGGGUAAAAAGUGAACAAAUCGAUUUCCAAUCGAGAGAGAACACGAGCGCUGCAAAAGACUUGGUACUCUCGUCGCGCUGUGUGGCGAGUGUUGAAAGCUUUCCCUGGAACAAAAACCCAAGAUAAAACAAAUCACGACCAUUUGUCUGUGCACUGGUGCGGGGGCAGGAGAGGUUGUAAAAAGCUAGCGUAGCGGCAAAUUGCAAAAAGCAUCCCCGCGUGUUCGUACGGGCACACUCAGGUCGGUAUAGGUUGUGUCGUAGGAAGUGUGUGUGCUUCGAGCGGGAAACCGAACACCGAACGUGAAAUAUCAAAAUAAAUACGAGGUCAUAAAUUUAGCCGCAAAAACUCGCAACCGGGUGGCAAAAAGCGCACAUCCGGAACGAGCGCAGCGCAAAGAAGUCAACCAUAAAUUAUCGAUUUCGAUAAACAAAUCAUAACCGUUAGAAUGAGGCUAAAGCGACUAGGAAAUAUGGAAAUUUACGGCUGCGGUAGUGCGAAAGGCACAGCGCUGGACCACGAGGAGAAGCCACCGACCGAAACCUGCGUUCCUUCCGGAGCCGAAGGUCAGUGUGUACUCAGCUGCCGAGUUGGUUUCGCAUCGGAAAACCGACAAAUCUCCGAUGAGGUCAACCACACUAGUAACUACCGUGGCUACGAGCGUAAUGUGCUGGGUGGUGAUGAGCACGUGUAUGAUGAUGAUGAUGAUGAUGGAAGCAGCCGAAGCCCAUCGCCUACAGACCCUUGUUCGUUGCUUUUACCACCCAAUGCCACCACCUUCACUGCCGCCAGCAGCCACAACAGUAGAAAUGCUACAAGCAGUAGCAGCAGCAGUAGUACCAACAGCAACAGCAGAAAAGUACGAUCUCAUCUGCAUUUGCUGACAUUUAUCACCCUGGUGCUGCUGACACAAUUGACUGUAAAUAUUAGUAUAGGUGAAGCAGCCAGCCAGAUACUGAACAAAGCGGAGCCCCUCUUCAUCACCCGAUCGGAAGCGUUCAAGUUUGCCGUUGGCGACACCAUUGCCCUGCCCUGUGAAGUUUCCUCGCCUGGAUCGUACAUGUUGGCAUGGAAACGAGGUAUCGCGAUUUUGACGGCCGGUUCGACCAAGGUGACUCCGGAUACCCGGGUGCGGCUGGUCAAUGGGUACACGCUGCAUAUACUGGACGCCCAGCAGCAGGAUGCCGGCGAUUACAUCUGCCAGCUGGCAACCAUCAUCCCACGGGAGAUUACCCACCACGUGGAGAUACUGGUGCCACCGAAGAUUACCCACGUGACGUCCGGUGGUCACCUGCAGGUGCGGAAGGGAUCUCCGGUGCGGUUGGAGUGCUCGGCUACCGGCAAUCCAAUGCCGAACAUUACGUGGACCAGGAAGAACAACGUGCUGGAGAAUGGGGAAGCCGAAUUCACCUCGUCGGUGUACGUCAUCGAGAACAUGGAUCGACACAAGGGUGGCACGUACAUCUGCACAGCCAACAACGGCGUCGGUCCGGUGGCCACCAGUCAGAUCAUACUGCAUGUGCUGUAUCCUCCCGAGAUAUCCGUCGAAAAUCCGAUUGUGUACUCUGGCGAAAGUCAGGAAGCCAUGCUAGUAUGCAUCGUACACGGGGAAUCGCAACCGGAAGUGGUGUGGCACAAGGACACCAUGCAGAUCGACCAAACCGAACGGCACGUGAUAGAAAGCCGCGGUGCCCGGCACACGCUCAUCAUCCGGAAGGUGCACUCGCAGGACUUUGGCAACUACAGCUGCAUAGCGGACAAUCAGCUGGGCAAGACGCGGAAAACGGUCACCCUGACCGGUAAACCCAAGGCGGCCGUCUUCCGCUCGAUGCCCAACAGCCAGUGGAAGGAUCGGUACAACAUCUCCUGGAUCGUGGAUUCCCAUUCGCCGAUAGAGGAGUACAAACUGUACUACCGGUUGGUGGACGGAGACGUUCUCCAGGCGCACGACGGCAUCUUCAUGGACGAACGGAAGUCUCAUCAUCCGUACUUGGGCGGAAAUAUGCUGGACUACGACCGGAAGAUAGCCGCGUUCGAGCCUUACUCGUACAACAACGCGUACAACGGCCACGGCAUGCACCGGGGCACGAGAUGGUCCAAGACGGACUGGCGGGACGUGGUGCUACCGGCCUUUCCCUACUCGCACCACUACACCCAAGGUAUGAGCUACCUGCUGCGUGGUCUUGAUCCGGAUCAGCAGUACGAGGCCCGAGUGCAAUCGAGGAACCGCUACGGAUGGAGUGAUUUCUCCGAGAGUUUUCUGUUCACAACGUCAAAUACAGACACUGAAAUCCGCGAUCUAAGCGUAACGCAUCGAGGAGGAUCAAACGGCAGUCCACAGCUUCAUCAACCCUCAAUCAGCAGAUGGUCCAUCUCGGUCGCAGUCUCAGCCCUUCUGCUAGUUUUGGCCAGCAUCCGUAGUAACAUCAGCAGCAGUAACAGCUUUUGAAGGUGAUUGUUAGUCAUGUAAGCAGAACUAAGAAGCAAAAAAAAAGUACUUUUAGAUUAGCAACGAUCAGAUCACAUCCAACAUUCCCACAAAAAUUUACACAAGCAACAUGUACAACACAGAACGUCACAAGCUAAAGAACAAAAAAAAAACACGAACGGAAAAGGAUAUCAAUCGGUGUUGUUCGGAAGAGGGAGGAAGUGAGCAGGAAUAGGUGCAAUCGCAACGGUUUUGUUUGUAAUAAUUGCGUUACCAGGUUCGAUUAUACACGGUUAAAUCAAUUACCACAGCAAAGGGUGCACCGGAGCAUCUGUUUUCGGUUCAAUCAUUGCGUGCCGGUUGGAUGAUUAAGUUUUAAUUUGAUUUACCUGCGGGAGUUGGAUUUUCCGUGGAACAAAGAGCAAACCAAAUAAUGGUAGUUAAGUACACAAACAUAUUUACACCGUCACAAAAGAGUGCGCGAUUAAUUUGGUCGAGUUUUGUUAAAGAGUUGGGUUUUUUUUUUAUUCAUGUAAAUUAGUAUGAAAGUUGGACUGGUUCGAAGAAUCGGCGGGAAAUUUCCUGGGGAUUUAAUAAUUACACAUUUUCCCACGAACCGGUCCAGCAACCGAGCAACUCACAAAAAUGAUGCAACCAAGAAGACUAUUUUUGAUAUGAGAUAAAAAGAAAUUAAUUUAAAAACGACAAACAAAAUGAGCGAGGUUGAAUAAAUAAUGGAAAAGUGAGCGAUAAGAGAGGGCGAUAAAGUUAAUUUAUUUUUAAUUAAAUUUAAAUUGCCAAAAUGGGCGCAAACGAGGGGUACUUGGUUUGUUGCAUGCUUUCGAGAAUGAUGUACACACAAACACUUGUGCACACACACACACACACACACGCGCGCGCAUACCCGCGAGUACACUUCAACGACGCAGUGUCUAUUGUCUGGUAGUGGAACUCGGCAUUGUUCUGGUAUUCAAUAAUGGGGCACAGUGGGUUAAAAAGAGUAAAAAUUGGUCACAUUUGUGAAUCAUUUUGGGGAGCACAUUUUGAAAUGAACGGCAAUAAUUCAAUUACAUCAGUGGGUUGUGGGUGGUCACGGGUGGUCGUGACUUCUGAGCACUCAAACCAAUAACAAUCCAAUAAAUUAUCUAAUGCACUGAUGCAUGAUGGCUUACAUCGGGAUGUUUUACUGCACAACUAAUGUGCGGUGAAAGAAUGCAAUAAAGUUUUGGGGAUACAUUUUUUAAAACUUGUUUUUGAAACACAUUCUAUGCCUAUAAUUUCAUACAGGUUGUCGUCUCAUUUGGCUUAAUAAAAUUUCCUUAGUUUUCCAUAACUUUAACGGAGAUAAACAUCACGAAAUCUCUUUUUAAAACGUGUUAAAAAUAAAAUUUAUUUGAUAAAACAACAACAACAACAACGGCCAUUAAAGUUUACGUUUUUAAAACAC